AGUGUUUGCUUGAGCUAGCAGCUCCAAUUGGAGAUACAGUAAGACACUCACACAAGUGCUGCAGACAACCUCCACAGACAGAAGGAAAUCCGCAGCGGGCUGAGUGGGAUCUUGAAAGACGUUGCCACAGAAAUUAACAUUUUGAAUCAGAAUGGAAACUCGGAGGGAAAACAACAACACCUGUGGGACGAUUUGUCUAAAGUAUCUUCUCUUUAUAAUUAACAUUCUUUUUUGGCUGGCAGGGGGUGCCAUGCUGGCCGUGGGUGUGUGGACUCUGUUGGAGAAGAUCGACUACAUCAGUCUGCUCAACUCCAGCUUCUACACUGCGUCCGCUUACAUCCUAAUCGCCGCCGGGGCCGUUGUGAUCAUCAUUGGCAUCAUUGGAUGCUGUGCCUCUCUGAGGGAGAUGAAAAGUCUUCUGAUUGUGUAUUUGGUCCUGUUGCUCUGUGUUUUUCUGCUGGAAAUCGUUGCCGGGGUCUUGACAUAUAUUACCUACCAAGAGUGUUUCCCUUUCUGCCACCAGCUGGAUGAGGAACUGAGGCAAAAUCUCAAGGUGACCAUGCAGCAGAAAUACCAACAAGCUGGGGAGGAAAGCGUCACACAUGCUGUGGACAAGCUCCAUCAGGAGUUCCAGUGCUGCGGCAGUAACAGCUCCUCAGACUGGAAAGACAGUGUCUGGAUCCAGGCCGCACAGGACCAGCAACUUGUUCCCGACAGCUGCUGUAAAACUCCCAGCAGCCUCUGCGGCCUCAGAGACCAUCCCUCUAAUGUCUACAAGGUGGAGGGAGGCUGUGUUGUGAAAUUGGAGGAGUUUAUUCUCAGUCAGCUGUAUAUUGUGGGUGCACUGGGCAUUGGGAUUGCAUUUUUACAGCUAUUUGGGAUGAUCUUUACUUGCUGCCUUCAUCAAAAUCUGAAAGAUGAGCCAUACUGAUGUUGUAUUUUUUUAGUGUCAUUACCUCAUGAGCGCUUGGAGACUUACGUGCCUUCAAUUGACAAGUUUGGACUUUAAAAUUGUACACGCUUGAGCCACUUUUAUGCUGCUGGGCAGCACUUCACUGCAAAAUGUUGUCUUCCUUUCUAUGUGGAGGAUAAUGCAGAAAAAUGCUAGCUUCAUGUGGUUUUAUGUUAUUUACAUCGACUGCACUGCUGUUUUUGGUGUGUCACAUGGUUUAAAGAAAUGCACGCUCAAUAUAAUAAGAACAAUAAAAAUCAUUGUGUUAGCGUGAUUGCCAAUAAAAAGGCAUUUUAUUAUUUCUA